CUCAGUCUGAGUGUCCAGGAGGACGAGACCGGACAACUCACUCAGCUCUGCAACUAUACCUUCCUUUUGAAGCAGCAAAUAACAAAAUCAAAGUGUCGACUGUUUUUACUUUUUUUAGAACCUUCUGGAAAUGAAAAGACAACAUUUCUAUGAAAUCAUUUAGUUUGUGAUGAUUUCCUCUGAGUUAAUCCUAUUUUCCUGGAGGGUUUUAAAAAUAGCUCCUCCACGAUGAGCGCUGCAGAAAACUCUGACGGCGACUCCAACAAGCUGGAGUCCGUGAUCCAGCGUUUGGAAGAGAGUGUCCUGUCUGAGGAGAAGAGGCUGACGGUCCGAGGACCUUCACCUGAUGCCCCCCCCACCUGUCUGCCAGCACGAGUGCGUGAGAUCGUCACGAAGAACCUCACGGACGGCGCAGGAGCCAUGUCCGCCUCGGUCAUGUCCCUCCAGGAAGAGAACCGGGUUCUGCAGGGGGAGCUGGGCCGGCUGGAGGACCUGCUGGCUCACAGCCGAGCAGACCGAGAUGAGCUCGCCAUCAAGUAUGGGGCGAUCAGCGAGAGGCUGGAGCAGGUGCUGCGCUUUGAGACGGGAGAGGGUGACCAGGAUUCAGCCGAGACCCGCAGCCUCGCUCAGCAGAACGUGGAUCUGCGUAGACGGCUGGACGAGGAGCAAGCCGCCUACAAACGUAAACUCGCCGCCUACCAGGAGGGGCAGCAGAGGCAGGCGCAGCUCGUUCAGAAGCUGCAGGCUAAGGUGCUUCAGUACAAGAAGAAAUGUGGAGAUCUGGAACAGGUGUUACAGGAGAAAUCUGCAGAGUUGGAGAAGCGCAGUGUGACUGGCUGCAGCGAAACCUCAAACGGCCAUGUUCAGGACGGAGCAGGCAGCACCCUGGAGGAGGCUCUGAUCCGUCUGGAGGAGGAACAGCAGAGGAGCAGCAGCUUGUCUGCUGUGAACGCCAUGAUCCGGGAGCAGUUGGAGCAGGCCGGCUUAGCCAACGAGGCUCUCAGCCAGGACAUCCGCAGACUCACCGCUGAUUGGACGAAAGCCAGAGAGGAGCUGGAACAAAAGGAGUCGGACUGGAGGAGAGAGGAGGAGUCCUUCCACAGCUACUUCAGCAGCGAGCACAGUCGACUCCUGGUGCUGUGGAGGCAGGUGGUCGGGUUCAGGAGGCACGUCUGUGAGCUGAAGAGCUCCACUGAAAGGGACCUGUCGGACAUGCGUAAUGAGCUGGCUCGGACGUCCCACUCGGCUCAGGUGUCCCUCACCAGUCUGUGCGCCUCUCUGGACGGUCGGAUGGGAGGAGCUGCUCUGGCCCUGGAGCGGGAGAAGACUCUGAGGGUCCAGCUGGAGCAGCAACUCCGAGACCAGGUGGUGGAGAUGAUGAACUUCCAGAGCAGAUCGGACACAGAGAAGAGUGAGCUGAGCGCCAGGUUGUCGGAUGCGGUGCGAGAGUGUGAGAGGAUAAAGAUCCAGAUUUUGGAGAAAGAAAAUGAAACGAUGUCUCUGAGGAGGAGGCUGGAGGAGCAGAGCAGCAGUGAUGAGACCGACUUACAGCUGAUGAAAACUCUCUCCGAGUCUCUGUUGGACACGCUGCGGGACAUCGCACAGACGGUCCUGUCAGAGGGAGAUUCGUCCUCAGAAGCCGAUCAGGACGACUCUGUGGCUCCGCUGCUGGCUCUGAUCUGCGACUCCUCCCCUCGCUGCUCGUUGUCUCCACGGAGACCGACAUCGCCGCAUCAGUCCUCCAAGUUGCCUCUUGUCCCUGACGCAGCACUGUCCGCUCUCCGCUCGCUCGUCUCAAACAGAACGCUGCAGCUGCAGGAUGUUCGAGGUCGUCUCCUCUCUGCUCAGUCCUCUGUGCAGCAGUUACGAAAGCAGCUUUCAGAGUCCGACGUGGCUAAAAGAGACGCAGAGCAGCGAAACCUGACGCUGCAGCGAGAAAAGGACGCAGCUCAGAGAGAACGGGAGGUCGUGCAGAGAGAGAAGGAGCGUCUGAAGCAGGAGAGGGAUGCACUGACCAGCGAGAAGGUAAACCUGGAGAGAAAUGCUCAGGCAGCAGAGAGCAGCAACCAGAUCCUGCAGAUGGAGUUGGAAAGGCUUCAGCUCACGAUGGCGUCUGCGCAGCGCGAGCGAGAACACGAGAGGGAGGAGAAGGAGGCUGCAGCUCAGGAGAGAGACCGGGCAAAGGCCGAGGCUCAGAGGAUACAGAAGCAGUGGGACCAGAGUGAGAGUCGAGCCUCGGCUCAGCGUGGAGAGCUGUCUGCAGUGAGGGAGACUCACCAGAAGGGGGAGGUGGAGAGGUAUCUGCUGGAGAAGGAGAAGGCCCAGCUGUGCGAAGCACUAACCCGGGCUGAAAGCAGCAACCGGGACCUGUCCCUGCAGCUCAGCAAGCUGCAGUCUGAGGACGCAGCUCUCAGAGACUCUCUGACAAAGAUGGCAGGUAUGAACGAGGUCAUGGCUCAGGACAAAUCAAAGCUCAACACCUACAUCCUCCAGCUCGAGGAGGAGAAGUCCACCCUGCAGGCUCAGAAACGCGAAGCGGAGCAGGAGAAGCUGACCAUCAGGGACGAGCUGGUCCGGCUGGAGCAGGACCGGCUGGAGCUGGAAUCUGCUCGCAUCACGCUGCAGCAGUCUCUGCAGGAUGCCGAGCUGAGCCGGAUGGGGCUGGAGGCGGAGCUGCAGAGCCUCAGGGCUGAGAGACUCCAGCUGCAGGAGAGAGUCACCCAGCUCUGUGGUGAGGUGUCGUCUCUGGACUCAGAGCUCAGUCUGGCUCGGGCGGAGGGUCAGAGGAGCGAGGCGGCCCUGGAGGAGGCCGGGCGCAGUCGGGCAGAACUGUCCCGGGACAAAGCAGCUCUGGUGGUUCAGCUGACGGCGUCGGAGAGAGAAAACACGCUGCUGUCGGAGGAGCUGGCUGCCGUCAGGUCGGAGCGAGAGUCCCUGGAGACGGGUCUGUUUGACGUCCAGCAGCAGCUCGCUCAGGCGGAGUCCCACAGAGAGCAGCUGGAGACGGAAAACCAAAACCUCCGGGUCCGCUGUGAGGCGGCUGCAGCUGAGUUGAAGCGAGAACGAACGGACGGUGAGAAUGCUGCCGCUCAGGCCGAGCGAGACAAACAGAUCCUGGGUCAGACCCUCAAGGCUGCUCAGCUGGAGGCCCAGCAGGCGUUACGGAAGGCCGUGUCCGAGCACCAGGAGGAGGUGGAGAGACUGCUGUCGGAGAAGGAAGUCGUGCGUCGCAGCAUGCAGGUGGAGCACGAGGCUGCUCUGAAGAGGUUCAGCCAGGAGAUGGAGGAUCAGCUCCACAGAGCCAAGAGAGAACGAGAGGGUCUGCAGGAGGAGCUGAGGACGCUGCAUCACGACCGGGAUCAGCGUUUGCUGCAGGCCGAGACCGAGAAACAGCAGGCUCUUUCUCUGAAGGAGGCAGAGAAGACGGUUCUGUCUGAGCGGGUGACCGCUCUGCAGGCCGAGCUGACGGCUGCGUCUCUGGAGGCUGAGAGGAUGGGCAGAGAGGCGGCUCAUCACAAAGAGCAGGAACAGAUCCGAGUCGGAGCUCUGACCAGUGAGCUGCUGGAGCUUCAGUCGCAGCUGGACGAUGCAGCUCCUGCUCAUGAACGGGAGCUCCAGAGCCUACGGGAAACCUGCGCUGACCUUCGAACACGGACUGACGCUGCUCUCAACGAGCUGGAGACGUGCAGAGCUGCUCUCUCAGCUGCUGAGGAGAGUCGGGACCAGCUGAGACGAGACUUGUUGGAAGCUGAACGUCGCCUAAGCCAAACUCGGGACUCCACAGAUGCCCACAGGAGGGAGGGGGCCGAGCUGCGUCGAAGCCUCGGAGACGUCACACAGGAGAGAGACGCUCUCAGCCAGUCUAAUACUCAGCUGAGUGAAACUCUGCGUAACGCUGAAACAGAGAGGAUUAGUGUGAGACGACAGUGUGAAGAGAAGGCACAAAGGCUGGCUGUGCUGGAGGAGAACCUCUCAGCCACUCAGAGGGAGGCAACGGAGCUGCGCAGCUGUCUGAGGGAGGUGGAAAGGUCCCGGCUCGAGGCCCGGAGGGAGCUGCAGGAGCUCCGCAGACAGCUCAAAGUUCUGGAUGGAGAGAAGGAGCAGAAGGGGAGGGAUGUGGCCGAGCUGCAGACUCGUCUGUCGCUGGAGGAGCAAAGAGAGGAGGAGAAACUCAAAGAGGUUUUUGCUCUCAAACAAAAGCUCUCUGAAGCUGAAACAGCCAGAGACUCUCUCAAGAAAGAGCUUUCGAUGACCCAGAAACGUCUGGUGGAGUCUGAGUCGAGCUGGAGGAGCUGUGAGAGAGAGCUGACUGCGCAGCUGCAGGAGGCCCGAGGCUGUGAGAAGAAGCUCCAGGAUGAAGCCAAGAACCUGUCGCUGCGAGCUCAGGCCGCCCAGGACGUGGCGGCCCAGGCCAGCCUGCAGCUCAGCGAAGCACAGGGUCGGCUGGCCGCCACUGAAGCGGAGCUGACCCGAGCCGAGGCCUCCAGGAGGGAUCUGGAGUUCCGCCUCAGCGGCCUCCAAUCAGCGCUGGUGCGAAUGCUGGGUAUCGGUGCGAGUGGGAGGAGCUGCAGGGGGCGGAGUCCAGGAGGGAGCUCCACCUCACCUGGCAGCACAUCGCGUCACCACAGCAUCUCUCCACUUCGGUCUUCACUGUCGCCCCCUAAAGAGUUUCGAAGAAGCACCCUUGACAACACAUUAGGCUCCGGAGCAGUCUCGCCAGAGCGAGGCAGCACGCCACUUCCUCUUCCUCACCUGGAGCUCGACGCCGAUGUUCUACGAAGCGGCCUCAGAGACUUCCUCCAGGAGCUGCGGGAUGCUCACAGAGCAAGGGAUGAUGCUCGUGGCCAGCUGGGCGUGCUGCAGCGGGAGCUGGAGGAGCUGAAAGGGGAGCGAGACUCGUCUCAUAGUCGCCUCGCUCAGAUGCAGAAGACCAUGCAGGAAAUCCAAGAAGGGAGGCGUGGGCUGGAUGAGCGUCUGACCACCACUCAGAUCCUGCUGCAGCAGCAGGAGGAAGCGGUGAGGAGAGGAGAACGGGAGAGGAGAGCUCUGGCAGACAGGGCAAAGGACUUGGAACGAUCCCUGCAGACCUCGGAGAACGAUAAGAAACACACUCAGGAUCAGUUGAAUAAAAGUCGUGCCGCUGAGAUGCGUCUGGAGGCAGAGAGGAAGCGCCUGAGGGAGGCGCUGGAGGCAGCUGAGGCUCGGGCCACCAGGGUGGAGCUGGGGAGGCGCAGCCUGGAGGGGGAGCUGCAGAGACUCAAACUGAGUCUGGGCGACCGGGAGGCCGAGAGCCGGGUCUCCCAGGAGCGCUACGACGCUCUACUGAAACAGGUCGCAGAGGGCGAAGCUCGUGUUUCUGUGCUGCAGAGGGAGGUGGACAGGCUGAACCAGGCUCUGCUCAAAGCUCAGGAGGGGGAAUCGGCACUCAAAGAGAAGGCCGUGUCCCUCAGUCAGACCCUUCAGGAGGUGGCGGCUUCUCACAGCAGCACACAGAGUCGUCUACUCGCCUUGCAGAAGGCGCUGAGUUCAUCUGAGCAGGACAGGAGGCUUCAGCAGGAACGAAUGGAUGAAGCCCGAGCAGCGCUAGCCGAAGGAAAGAGGAACGUGUCGACCCUCACUGAGCGUGUGCAGAGCCUGCAGGGCGAGCUGAGCCAAAGCGAGCAGCGGCGAGAAGAUCUGGAGUCGGAGCUCAGCAGCACUCAGGAGGCUCUACGGCAGCACUCGGUCAGUCUGGUGGAGGCUCAGCACGGCGCCCAGGCAGCUCAAAAAGAAAAGGCCGCGGUGGAGGAGCGACUGCGCGGUCUGCAGAGAGCCGUGGCCAUGUUGGAGACGGAAAAAAAAGAUGCAGAAAGACAAGCCGUGAGGCUGGAGAAGGACAAGAACGCUCUGAGGAACACGCUGGAUAAGGUCGAGCGUCAGAAGCUGAAGUCUGAGGAGGGAAGCAUGCGUCUGUCUGCUGAGAAGAGUCGUCUGGACCGUUCCUUAAACACAGCAGAGCACGAGCUGCAGGAGGCGCAGCAGCAGGUCCUGAUGCUGCAGACCCAGCUGGCUGAGCUGGAGCAGUCCCACGGUGUGUGUGAGAGUUUGGUGCGGCAGCGCGACGAGGCCCACCAUGAGGCGGAGAGGCUGAGGAACAGCCUCAGAGACGUGGAGCGAACAUUGGGAACCAGGGAGAGGGCUCACCGGCACAGAGUCAAAGGGCUGGAGGAGCAGGUUUCCACCAUGAAGGAGCAGCUGCUGCAGGAGAUGAAACGACGACGUCCCACUCUUCCCUCAUCGUUACUGUCGGCAGCUUCUGAUCCAGGAAUUCCCCCUGAACUCUGACUCUGCUGUUUAAAUGUUACGUAGGCUUAGUCUGAUUAAUACUACUGUCCUUUUACAGGUGCGUUAUUGAUGUUUUAGAGCCGAACUGAACUGAAGCACAAAUGAAUACGACUGAAUAAAAAACACCAGCAGACCUCUGAAGGUUGCACUGAUUUUUGCGUCAGGUUUGACUUAUCAUAUGAUUUAAAACACUUUUCUAGUUUAGUGAUACUCCUACAGUGUGUACGUUGUUACCCAUUGUUUAUAUUUUUGUUACUGCUUGACCACUGACAGACUGAUUUAUCCCAUCAGUGUCACUUUUUGUGGAAAAUAAAACACACGAAUAAAGAAACCUUCUCCCUCAGUAA